GAUUGGUACGCGUUCUGUGUUUUCUAAUUUAUCAUUUAAUUCGUUCGAAAAUAAUAUUCAAUUUUCAUUCAAAAAAACAAAAAUAUCAACAACUAUAAUCCGUUUGUUUGUUUGUUUGUUUGUUUAUUUAUUCAUUAAUUCAUUCAUUCAUUCAUUUAUUUCACCCACCGGAUCAACUCAUAUAUACUUUACAGGCAGAAGAAGGGGGGAGGAGAUGACGUCUAUAUCUUUUCAAUCAAAGUUCAUUUCUGCAGCGUGCAGCCGCACUCCGCACGCCCUGGACACUCUCGACUCAGACAUGAUAGCCUACGCAAUGAACACGUACGUCUCCGUGCACCAGCCCAACACCCACCACCAAGCGCUCCAAGGCCACAGCAAGCGUAUAAACACUGUCCGCUUUGUGCGCACAGCAGAAGGCACCCCAGUACCAAUUAUUCUCAGCGGCUCCGUCGAUACCACUGGGCGAAUCUGGAAGCAGCAGCAGGGGCAGGGGCAGGAGCAGGAGCAGCAAAACCAGAACCAGAAAACAACCACAGGCGAUAAACCACCCACCUGGGAAAGCGUCAAGCUGGAAGGGCACGAGAGCGCAAUCAUUGCCAUAGACGGCGUGCAGAUAGACAAUGGCCUGGUGGUGGUGACGGCGGCGACAGAUGGGACAGUGCGGGUGUGGGCGGAGGACGGGCGCAUGCUGCAGGUCAUCAAGGCCGGGGCUUUGGCCGUGGCUCUGGCAGUGAUGCCCGGGGACAACGCACUGGUGCUGGCCACGGGGAACACAGACAGCCGCGUGCACAUGUACGUGCGCGCGCCCACAGGGGAGUUCGUGGAGCAGGCGGUACUCGGCGGCCACGACGACUGGGUGACGGCGCUGGCGUUCCACCGGGUGAGCACAGAGCACCGCGGCAACAGCGCCAUCGGCCACUGGGCGCGGGGCGACGUGGUUCUGGCAUCGGCGUCCCAGGACCGAUACGUCCGGCUAUGGCGCAUCAGCCCGGCAGCCGAGAAGGGCGAGGCCGGCGAUAGCAUGCAGGCGGUGCUCGACGCAUGCUCGGCAAAUCUCGGCAGCGCCGAUAUUGCCGCGCAACUGGCCACCAAGGCAUACGGCCUGGGCACAGCGCCGCACCAAGCGCGCAGCAUUUCCCUGGACUCCGUCCUGGUGGGCCACGAUGGCUGGGUGCAUUCGGUUGCCUGGGUGGCGCCCGGCCACCUGCUGACUGCGUCCGGCGAUGGGUCGGCGAUGCUCUGGGCGCCGGAUGCCGAGGCCGGCGUCUGGUCCUCGGCUGCGCGACUGGGCGAGGUCGGCGGCAGCAUCGGGUUCCUCGGCGCCCGCGCACUGGGCACCACAGGCGUGCUGGCGCAUGGGUACCAGGGCUCGCUGCACCGCUGGCAGCUGGCGCCCGCAGGCCCCGGCGGCCGCUGGGCGCCCCUGGCGGCGCCCUCGGGGCACUUUGGCGCCGCGCGCGACGUGUGCUGGACGCCCUGCGGCCACGGCAUCCUCUCUGCAUCCAGCGACCAGACAACGCGGCUCUUCGCCCACGGCAGCGGGGACUUGGGGUCCUGGUUCGAGGUGGCGCGGCCGCAGAUCCACGGCUACGACCUGCGCUGCGCCCAGUUCCGCACCGCCACGGAGUACGUCUCGGGCGCCGAGGAGAAGGUCGUGAGGGUGUUCCGCGCCACGCAGCACUUUGCCCAGGCCUGGGCUGCGCUCACAGGCCACGAGCUCGCGGACGCGGGCGACUUGCCCCUGGGCGCGUCGCUGCCUGUGCUGGGGCUGUCGAACAAGGCCGUCGUGGGCGCUGGCGGCGACGCCGUGGUGGCCGCCAACGACACGUAUGCCGUGCGGCAGACGCACACCGACGUGGCGGCCCAGGCGCUGGCCAGCGUGCGCGCGGGCGCGCCCUUGGAGGAGGACCUGAUGCGGGUGACGCUGUGGCCGGAGGCAGACAAGCUGUACGCGCACGCCUACGAGAUCUACGCCGUGGCGUGCGCGCCGGGCGGCGGCCGCUGGGUGGCCACCGCGUGCCGUGCGACCGCGGAGAAGCACGCCAGCGUGCGGCUGUACGACGUUGAUUCGGGGUGGACGCAGCCGGCGGUGCUUGCGGCGCACUCGCUGACGGUCACCCGCCUGAGGUUCAGCGGCUGCGGCCGCUGGCUGCUGAGCGUCAGCCGCGACCGCUCAUGGGCGCUGCACCACCGCGCGCGCGAUGAGGGCGGCUUUGUGCUGAGCGCGCUGCGCAAAAAGGCGCACCUGCGGAUCAUCUGGGACGCCGCAUGGGCGCCUGAGGGCGGCUUUUUUGCCACGGCGUCGCGCGACAAGACCGUCAAGCUGUGGGCCAUGGCUGGGCUGGUGGAGGAGGCCGUGCCCGUGGUGCUGGCGUUCCCGGAGCCUGUCACGGCGGUGGACUUUGUGCCAAGGCGGGUUGGUGGCGAGUACGUUCUGGCUGUGGCGCUGGAGUCCGGCCGUGUCUUCGUGCUGAGGUCGGCCUCGUCUGCCGGGGCCGGCCUGGCGCCCGGCGCGGUGCCGAGCAAGUGGACGCCUAACGAGGUGCCGCGCGACAUGGCGCACACGGACGUGGUCAACCGCCUGGCCUGGAGCCCGCUGGCGCUGACGGGGGGCGCCGACAAGUGCUGCAGCUGGCUGCUGGCGAGUGCGUCUGACGAUCACACUGUGCGUGUCAACCAGGCUGAUUGGUAGAAGGGGAAAUCAAUCCGCCGUUGGCUGACGAAAUGGAUUGGAAAUUAAAAAAAUGCAUUAUUAUUUUCUUCUUUUCUGCAAUUGACG